AUGGCAAAUGACGCUUGUCUCUCCGAAUCUGACGUCACGAUUCCUGCAGUAUCUCUAUCGCUCAACGAUGCGGCAACUUUGAGCAACCAUAUGGUAGCGAAUCCCGAUCUUAGGGGCAGAAUUGCAUCGAGAGGCAAUGCCGUAGGUGCGAGCUGCUCGUCAUCUACAAGUUGUAGGGGAUACCGUGUUGCAGUUGAUUGUUCAUCUGAUGUAUGUACCUGUAAUGAACCAUGGUUUGUCCCAGAAGGAAGUGGCUGUAAAAGAGGAGUAUGCUACAAUAUCAAUUGUGACUUCGUUUGGACUUGCAAGCAAACGUUUCCUACAGUAUCACCCGUUUGUCUCUCAACCAGGGAUGCAAGUGGAUGUUGCGAGGGCUGUGCGGAGGGUCUUAUUGAUGCCAGUGACAGUUUUGUUGCCACAUAUAAUGACGCGAGAACUAUUCUAGAUAGAAUUGCAACAUUUACUCCUACUGAACAAGGACUUAUCAACAGCUUGUUUGUUGGUCCUCUUAAUUCUACCAAAGAUGCAUUUUUACUCUCAAACAUGGUGGCAUUAUUUGACAUGCUAUUCGAUGAUGGUUUAGACCCUUGUACAUUUGGAAAGGGUGUUGCAACCGGGGUAUGGAAUAUUCAUGAUACUGCCGUGUCAUUGUUGGCCUUGCUAGAUGAUCCCACACACCCUCCAUUGAAUGAUCCGGAAGAUCGAAAAAGAAUCGAUGAAUAUCGAAAGAAAAUGUUGUGGAUCAAAAAUUGCAUGCUUCCAAAAUUUCUUGAGCGCAAAGGCUUAAAGUGCUUCAAAGACGAUGACUGCAGUGGCGGUGUCUGUAAGGAUGAUUGCUCAGCUUGUGUACAGUGUAGAACUAAUAAUGACUGCACCGACCCGAUUAAGCCAAACUGUAUAAACAACGGAGCGGGUAUAAUGGUCUGUGGGGACCCUCAUAUCUCUCAGACUAUCCCGGGUGCGGAUCACAGACGACUUUGCUAUGACUUUGUUGGGAAACCUGGAUCAGAGUACCUCUUCCUUAGGGAUCAUGAGAUUGGUAGGAAUACUAUAUUUUAG